GGCUGGGCCAGAAGGCAACAUGUUAUCAUUCAAACUUUCACUUAAAAAAAUCUCCCACCGCAUACAAGAAAACAUCACACAUCUCAUGGGCUUGUAGGAAAUCACUGGGAUUUAGCUAGAAGGCUUGAACACAGCUGUCCUCUGUGUACCUUGAAUGACAGGACUCUGGCCAAAGACUACAAAAAUGUCAAGGGACAAGAAAAGCCUGGCAGUAUACCUUUGGAAAGAUAUGGACAAGAAUUGUACAGGAUGGACAGACAGGCAUCAAAGGAAGGGAGUCUGUGCAAGUCUGUGAGGUCACACAUUCAUUCAAAGGAUUUCCUGUCAACAUAUGUGUGGAGAGUAUUCUCAGAUUACUGAGUGCCUGGAUGGGAUCAGAAACAAAUCUCAUUGGACAUACCCACUUGUCUUCUUCAGAAGAAUUUUCUUUCCUUGAGAAUUCUCAUUUAUAUGGUGUGCUUCCAGAACAAUCAGGGCACCUGGGGCCUGAUGCCGAUGUGUCUCCUUAUACACAGUAUGGAAACAUCCAAUUUUCCCAAGUUCAGCCGCAGAUUUCCUCCUCACCCUAUUAUCCCAACCUGGGCUUCUACCCCCAGCAACCCGAGGAAUGGUACUCUCCUGGAAUAUACGAACUCCGGCGAGUGCCCUCAGAGACUGUCUACACGAGGGAGUCUGAGAUUGUGGACAUCCCGAUAACCAAGAAGCCCCGGAUGGUCUCAUCUGCCGGGAGAAUGAAAGGAGAAGAGUUAUGUGUUGUGUGUGGAGACAAAGCUUCUGGGUACCAUUAUAAUGCGCUGACUUGCGAGGGAUGCAAAGGUUUCUUCCGGAGGAGUAUAACCAAAAAUGCUGUGUACAAGUGUAAGAAUGGCGGGAACUGUGAAAUGGACAUGUACAUGAGGAGGAAAUGCCAGGAGUGCCGGCUAAGAAAAUGCAAGCAGAUGGGGAUGUUGGCUGAAUGUAUGUAUACAGGCUUGCUAACUGAAAUCCAAUGUAAAUCGAAACGACUGAGAAAGAACGUGAAGCCGCCUUCCAAUCGGUCAGCCAAUGACGACGGCGAAGGGCCUGAGCUGAGACAGGUGACAUCGACAACCAAGUCGUACAGGGAGAAAAUAGAACUUACUCCAGACCAACAGAACCUUCUCUAUUAUAUUAUGGAUGCCUACAGGAAGCAGAGGAUGCCUCAAGAAAUAACUAAUAAAAUUUUAAAAGAGGAAUUCAGUGCAGAAGAGAAUUUUCUCAUCUUAACUGAAAUGGCUACCAGUCAUGUGCAGGUCCUUGUGGAAUUCACAAAAAAAUUACCAGGAUUCCAAACUUUAGACCAUGAAGAUCAGAUUGCUUUGCUGAAGGGGUCUGCAGUUGAAGCCAUGUUCCUCCGUUCAGCAGAGAUUUUCAAUAAGAAACUUCCUGUGGGACAUACCGACCUGUUAGAAGAGAGAAUUCGCAAGAGUGGUAUAUCAGAUGAAUACAUAACUCCUAUGUUUAAUUUUUAUAAAAGCAUUGGAGAGUUGAAAAUGACCCAAGAAGAAUAUGCUUUGCUAACAGCAAUUGUCAUCUUAUCACCAGACAGACAAUACAUAAAGGACAGAGACUCUGUGGAGAGACUUCAGGAACCAUUGCUGGAACUCCUACAAAAACUAUGCAAGAUGCAUCAGCCUGAAAAUCCCCAGCACUUUGCCUGCCUUCUGGGACGCCUCACAGAGCUAAGAACAUUUAAUCACCAUCAUGCUGAGAUGCUGAUGUCCUGGAGAGUGAAUGAUCAUAAGUUUACUCCACUCCUCUGUGAAAUCUGGGAUGUCCAGUGCUAAACUUAGGGUGGGGGUCUGAUGGUAGGGGAGGAGUGGACCACAAGUUAUUUUCAUAGGAAUAUAAAUUAGUUUUUAUGACUUCUUUAUUGCAUUCGUACUUAGAUUUCACACUGCCAUUUUGUUCAUUAUUUAUAGAGUAAUUAACCAGUCUUCACAAACAUUCACAAGAGAGGGACAUCUCCUGGUAAAAGAGCUCUUUGGAGAUGAUGGUUCACUUAUGAGAGAGACUCACUCCUUGGGACCAGUCUGCCCAGUUUGGGAAAUUCACAUGAUUGGUGUUUCAAUUUUAUUUGUUGCAAUGGGGGACAUGCUCAUUUUGUACCUUGACCUCCCUGUACUACACAGAUUUUUAUUAAAGGCAUAUGUCCAAA